AAGGAGGAAGAAGACGGUUCACAGGCUGGCGCUGGGGGUCGACCUUCUCCCACAAUGCACCGGCAGAGAGCGAAGGCGCCUUUUGCUGUCCCUGCCUGUCAACAAGGAGGAGGCUCCGCAUCCUUGAAACAUUAGUGCAUGAAAACAACAGCACGCCGCCGCUGUGGAAUCCCAACCUCCUCUCUUUGUUCUUCUCCUUAAUCCACAGCGACAUGGCUCCGUUCAGCUUAUUGACAGCGGGCGUUAGCCUGUUAGCGAAGUCCUUCAGCGUCUGGUCCUGCACAAACUCCCUGGCACGGUGUACCAGUAUCUUCCCAGUGAAAUGUUUGACAUCCCAGGCCAGUGGCCCACCAAAGAGACCUCUGAAUGGAUACAUGAGAUACGCCGUGCAACAGCAGCCAAUCAUGACCAGACAAAACCCAGAAAUCAAGUUAGUGGAUGUCGUCAAGAAGAUCGCCCAGCAGUGGAGAACGAUGAGCCCAGAACAGAAACGGCCGUUUGAAGAGGCCUCUCUGCUGGCCAGGCAGAAGUUUAAGGUGGACUUCCAACACUACCAGGCCCUACUGACUCCAGCACAGGUCGAGCAACAAUCCCUGGAGAAGAGGGAGAGGUUGGCCAAGAGGAAGGCCAUACGCAAGAAAAGAGAGUUGACCAACCUGGGGAAGCCUAAACGUCCUCGCUCUCCAGUCAACAUCUUCAUGUCUGAGCAUUUUGAGGAGGCCAGAGGAGCCAACACACAAGCAAAGAUGAAGUCACUGAUGGAAGACUGGAGGAAUCUGUUCCUCCACCAGAAACGGGUCUACACACAGCUGGCCGAGGACGACAAAAUUCGCUAUAAGAAUGAGAUGAAAUCAUGGGAGGACCAUAUGAUGGAAAUUGGACGAGAAGACCUGAUCAGAGAGCAGACCCUGUCUGCCAGGAGAAAGGCUGCUUCUCAACCUGCAGCAGCCAAGAAAGGAACAAAGAAAGCUAUAGUGAAGAAGGCCAGUGCCACGGGAAAGUCUACCACAACCAGGAAGACAACAAAAACUGUCAGGGCGACCAAGAAGAGAUAAGAUGUGUGUAUCUACUGAGUCUAGAGAAAAACGUGUUCAUGACAGCUGAAGACAGGAGAUCUGAUGACCCAGGACUGUGCCCUAGUUUUUUUUUUUUCGUCCUCAAACUUGAUAGUCACAAAGUUACAAGUUGUCAUUGAUGCAUCUUAGGUUCAACAGGGCAAACUUCACAGCAGUCAAACAGAACAUCAUUUCCAUUCACCUGAACACCCGAGCGCUGGAAUGGACCAGGUACAAGGUGAGCUUAUCCUCACCCACUCAACAGAAACCCAUAUGGCUUUGAGUGGUUGAAUGAUAUUGAGUGGGACAGACUCAAAAUGUGAGUUAUGAAAUGUCAUGAUUUUAAAAGCUAAGACAUUUGAGUGAGAUGUUACAUUUCACAGAUACGGUUUUCCAUCCGCAAUGUUUAAAAGUUUCUACUGUAACGGUUAAUGUUCAUACAACUACACUCUUCUGUUUUUGGUAUGUCAUCCACAGUGUUACUGUAAUGAAUGUCUACUGUGAUUCUCUGGGGGUGAAGUGUUUGAGUCCACACAACACUUUUGGAGUUUCAGUGAUAAACUGUUGGAGACAACCAAUACAAUUGAAGUUAAUGGUGACAUAAUCUUCAAAGAAAACAACAGAAAAAAACCCAUAACAUGCCUCUGUACUUUUCCUGUGGUGUCAAAGUGUGCGCAAGCCCUGAUGUUCAAAUUAAACUAGAAAUGGCGUCAUUUACAAAAUGUUUUUAGCCUAAAUGUCCUCUGAUAUCCUCAGCCCAGAGCCAUGUUUGUGUGUGGAUCACAGUGGACAUUUAGGUUUAAAACAUGGUGUAAUUACCUUGUUUCAAGUUUGGAGUUGUGUUUUGUGGACUCAAACACUUCCCCCACCCCUCCAUCAGCAUAGUGGUGAGUAGAUAGAGUUUUCAUUUUUGGGUGAACUAUCCCUUUAAGUUCUUCAGAGAGAGUUGAGAGAUGGACAAAAUAAACGUCUGUGGGAUUUGUUGACAAUAAAAUGAAUAACAGUAGUCAUAUAUUAACACUGAGUCAUCUGUGCACGUGUGUGCUCCACCGUGCACUAACCAUGUACAAACAGCACUUCUCAUGAAUAGAACCUGACUGAAUUUUUUGUAUCGUAGCUGUUAUUAGUGUAGCUUAAGCUUGUACAGCCACAAUGUCAAACUGAAAGCCUGUUUUUUUGCCAUAUAAGGCAUAAGUAACAUUUACAUCUGACGGUUUGUUUUUUAAACACAAAGGUUCCAAAUGAUGCAAGCUUUAUAGGAGAUGCUCUUGUAAAACAUGUUAUGGUUGAUAAUAAAAUGAGUUUUCUUCGUA